AUGUGUGUAGGGGCUCAGACUGUGUGUGUGUGUGUGGAGGUGUUCACAGACUUUGGGAUGUGUGCAGAGGAGUCGAUGUUCCGGACUAGCACGCGACUAAGGCCCGGCCCAGGUCCCGCAGUGCAGUCCGGCUCCGCCAUGGACGAGCCCUACAACGCGUGCCUGGAUGGGAUCGACUAUGACGACUUCCAGUUCAGCUCCCACAUGAUGGAGCAGAAGGAGCCGCUGAUGGAGACUGCCGAAGGUCCGUAUCUCAUCAUCAUCGAGCAGCCAAAACAGCGCGGGUUCCGGUUCCGGUACGGCUGUGAAGGCCCCUCACAUGGUGGGCUGCCCGGAGCAUCCAGCGAGAAGGGACGCAAGACUUACCCUACUGUCAAGAUCUGCAACUACGGAGGUGUGGUGCGGAUAGAGGUAGACUUGGUGACCCACAGCGACCCUCCGCGAGUGCAUGCUCACAGCCUGGUGGGGAAGCAGUGCAACGAGGCUGGCAAUUGCAUCGUGACAGUGGGACCUAAGGACAUGACGGCACAAUUCAACAACCUUGGGGUGCUCCACGUGACCAAGAAGAACAUGAUGGAGAUCAUGAAGGACAAGCUGAAGCAGCAGAAGAUACGCAAUAGAAAUCAGGCACUGACAGAGUCUGAGCUGCGUGAGAUUGAGGUGGAGGCGAAGGAGUUGAAGAAGGUGAUGGACCUGAGCAUCGUGCGCCUCCGUUUCACCGCCUACCUCCGCGACAGCAACGGGAACUUCACGCUGCCCCUGAAUCCUGUAAUCUCAGACCCGAUCCACGACAGCAAGUCACCUGGGGCUUCCAACCUGAAGAUCUCCCGGAUGGAUAAGACAGCUGGCUCAGUGCGGGGAGGGGACGAGGUCUACUUGCUGUGCGAUAAAGUUCAGAAAGAUGACAUUGAGGUGCGGUUCUACGAGGAUGAUGAGAAUGGUUGGCAGGCCUUCGGUGACUUCUCCCCUACGGAUGUUCACAAGCAGUACGCCAUCGUCUUCCGCACACCACCCUACCACAAGCCCAAGAUCGACCGCCCCGUCACUGUCUUCCUGCAGCUGAAGCGGAAGCGUGGGGGGGACGUGAGCGACUCCAAGCAGUUCACCUACUACCCAGUGGUGGAAGAUAAGGAGGAGGUGGAGAGGAAGCGGAAGAAGGUGCUGCCUCAGUUCCCCCAGCACUUUGGUGGGGGCUCGCACAUGGGAGGGGCCGGCGGGGGAAGCAGUGGCUUUGGCUCUGGCGGAGGCGGGAAUAUAAACUAUCCAUACUCCUCGGGGCUGACUUACAACAACAUCUACCCGUCUGGCCCCCACCCCGUGGGCGGCUACCAAGGGGGGGUGCAGAUGACCAACAUGGAAGAGGAGGGGGAUGGCAAGCACCUGCCUGCGGAGACUGGGAAGCAGCCCUGCCCGCGAGAGGAGAGCCACCGUCAGGAGCUGCAUUACCACGCCCAGCUCUGCAGCAUGAGGAUGCUGGCUCUGGCUCAGCGCAGCGCCCAUGCCCUGCUGGACUACUCGGUCACUGCUGACCCACGCAUGCUGCUGGCCGUGCAGCGGCACCUGGCUGCCUCCCAGGAUGAGAACGGAGACACGCCUUUGCAUCUCGCCAUCAUCCAUGAGCAGACGACUGUGAUUGAGCAGCUGAUCCAGGUUGUCCUUAGCAUCCCCAACCAGCAGAUCAUCAACGUGGCCAACCACUUGCAGCAGACUCCCUUGCACCUGGCAGUGAUCACCAAGCAGCACCAGGUGGUGGGGUUACUGCUGCAGGCCCACGCGGACCCCACUCUGCUGGAUCGCUACGGCAACUCACUGCUGCACCUGGCGCUCCAGACGGGUGACGAGGCCAUGCUGAGGACGCUGCUGGUGCACCUGGGCUCCACCAUCCCCUGUCUGCUCAGCACGCCCAAUUACCAUGGCCUUCUCCCCGUGCACCUGGCUGUGAGGGUAAAGAGCCUGGCCUGCCUGGACCUGCUGGUGAGGAUGGGAGCGGACGUGAAUGCCGUGGAGCGGCAGGGCGGUCGGACGCCCCUGCACCUGGCUGUGGAGAUGGAGAACCUCAACGUGGCCGGCCACCUAGUGAAGAAGCUGGGAGCUGAUGUCAAUGCUCGGACGUUUGCUGGAAACACCCCUCUGCACCUGGCUGCAGGCCUGGGCUCCCCCAUCCUCACCAAAAUGCUCAUCAAAGCAGGAGGGGACAUCCUCUGUGAGAAUGAUGAGCCAGUGAGGUCGUCCUCGUCCGAAGCCAGUAGCGACAUGGACAGUGGGCCCGAGGAUCAGGAGGCAGGCAUGGAGCUGGGAGAGUCAGACACAGAGCACACAGAUACCAGCACCGCUGCUGAGCACAGAAGCAGGGAGCCUGGCACCCGGGGUGCAAAGCAGCGCCGGAGACACACACCGCUUGACUUAACCAGGAGCCACAAGGUGCGGGAGAUCUUGCUGCGUGCCUCGCUGCAGGGCCCAGAGUCGGAGCAGCCUGCUGCCCCCAGGCCAGGGACCAUCCUGUCACUCGACAGCAACACCCUGCAGGGCCUGGAGCAGUUACUGAACCAGGACCGCAGUGGCUCGGACUGGACUGAGCUGGCCCAGAGACUCGGCCUGCGCAGCCUGGUGGAGACGUACAAGGACACGGCCUCCCCGAGCGGGAGCCUCCUGCUCAGUUACGAGCUCGCUGGCGGCAGCCUGGGGGGCUUGCUGGAGGCACUGGACUCCAUGGGGCUCAGCGAGGGAGUGAGGAUGCUUCGCAAAGCGGAGACAGCUGACAAGCUGCAAAGCACAGAGCUCAAGGAGGACAGUGCCUAUGGGAGCCAGUCGGUGGAAGAGGAGCAGCCGCCGGCCCCACCGCUGAAGCUGCACCCGCUGCCCUCUGCAGAGCUGCUGGGCGAGCCCCCCCACAGCCAGCAGCAGCAGGUGCACUGACCUGCCGUGCCUCCCUCUGGCCCCGGGGUAGCCCGGCUGUGACUGACACUUUGGAGGGGAGGAGCUGCGGCAGGCUCGGAGCCCCCGCACUGCCCACGGAUUGAAUACAAGUGCCUCUUGGCCCCAGAGUGGGCUGCCCGUGCCUCUUUGACUCUCCUCUGGCAGGGCUGGCCGCAGCCUGGCAGGCCCUGCUGUGCGGAACCCAGCCCCCUCUCUGCUCUUAUUUAAAGAUCCCUCAUCAGGUUUCUUGGUUUAGGUAAAUAAAGGGUGUGACUCCCAGAA